CCCUGACACGCCCAUCCUCUCUAUCUGCGAUUUCCACCCUUUGACGCGUAUAUUCCAACAUGUCGGACAAACCAGGCAUACCCGCGUGGCAAAGCGCCAGCAAUUCCUCUACACCACCCGCUGACCCCGAGUCGACGACGUCCGAACAGUCCGAACAACCUGAACAGCCUGAACAUCCUGAACAUCCUGAACAGCCAGUAGAGGACAGCGCGACACCUGUCGCAGGGGAACUUACGAGUACCGAGAGCGAUGAAGAGACAUCAAGCCCAUCGUUGUUGGAACAAGCGUCACGGUUCCUCGAUGAUCCUACAAUUCGCGAUGCGCCUAGGGAGAAGAAGGUUGCGUUCCUGCAAUCGAAGAAUGUUGCGCCCGAGGACAUUGAAAGUCUACUAGAGACGGCAACAGAAGUGAGCACAUCACCAGAUCUUGAAGAACUUGGAGAACGGACAUGGGCUGUGGCACCUCAAAACCCCGCCCAAGCCCCGGCUCCCAUACCUCAGCCUCGCGAGCUGCCCCCAAUUGUCACAUACCCGGAGUUCCUCGCGCAAACCGAACAACCUCCGCCGCUCAUUACUACCAAACGCCUGUUGACCACAGCCUAUGUAGCAGGAGGACUCAUGUCGACCAUAUAUGGACUAUCAAAAUUCAUCAUCGGACCCAUGGCGCAGAACCUCGCAGAGUCACGGCACGAUUUUGCGACCCAUACACAAGACCAACUGAAGGAAUUCAACCAGAAGCUAGGUGACCUGGUAUCAGUCGACCCGGCAAGUGUAUCCAAGACAAGCGCUUCAGAAAUGGGAGACGAUGUGUCGGAAGCAGACUCGGACCCCACAGAGCUGUACCACCGCGACUACGGAACACAAACUACUCCCAAUCUAUCCCGACGGCCCUCACAUUCGUCCAACCCCGACCCCGAGCCCAUCGUUUCAGCCCAAGAAGAUCGGCUCAAGAAGAUCUCCGCUCAUCUGCGUGAAAUAACAGCGAACAAAACCCACGACCGCGUAUCUGCAGGUUCAGUGAGAACAAAGGUGUCUGACUUGACUUCGUACCUGAGCGAGAUGAGCUACCAGAACCAGUACUAUUCUAGUUCCAAUAACUUCUACGGGUCAAGUUUUAGCCUGCCGUCGGGCAAAGAUGGGAAGAACGAUCAGAUAGAAGUUCUUAAGAACGAUAUCAGAGCUGUCAAAGGCGUUUUCCUUAGCGCAAGGAACUUCCCUGUGGGUGGGCAGAGUGUAUCACCGAUGCCGAUGGGAAAGGCAGAUCGAUCUGGGACUUGUAUCACGAUGCAAAGCUUCACGUCAAAAUUGCCCUUCGGGCAGUCGAAGCCCUCACACGAGGACGAGACAUCACUUACCACGCUUCUCACUGCAGAUCAAUGCGCCGAUCUUACAUUCCUCAUAGCCACCAUCACGGCGACAAUGCGGCAGUCGCUGCUAGACACAUUCACGGCCGAAGAAACACCACUUGAUGCAACCCCCUCGCAAUCAGAGGAACAGGCACUCGCAACUGAGCCUUCUGACAGCGCAAAUGUGUCCGAUGGAGACAAGAUCAAGAAACAGAGAGAAAGCCGGGAAGCGGACACAAGGCAAGAGUUGGCGAAGCCAGAAGUGCAGGAGCUCAAGAAAGCCAUGUUGGCAUAUUUUGACGGGUGGAGAGGCAAGGUCAUUGGUAGAGUUGGUGAGAUUGUGAACUCAAGGCAUGAAGCAAAAGAGCAGACGAAACAUGUCAAAGGCGAAAAGGUGGAGGAGCUGGUCAAGAAAUCUGAGGCCGUGACGACUAGUAUUCGUGAUCUAGGCGAGGGCGCUGAAGACGAAGACACUGCUUUCAAAGCACUGUACCCUCCCAUCGACACCGUCCUGACAGACCUGGAAGAGAACAAGAGAGCGUUGAUUCUACACUCCCUUGUUCUCAUCCUACUCAGCCUGGAAACGUACUCAGCACAUUCACGCAUCCUAGUCCUCCACCUCACGAGCUCGCUCAACCUCAGUCUCUCGAUUCUCAAGAAGGACGAAGAGACAGUCGCCCAAGGCCUCCUAGAAGCAGCCUCCCAGCAGCUCAAUGCCGACGCCGAGACGAAAAAGGCAGCUGAGGCAUCCCAAACAGCACGCAAAUGGAAAGUUGGCCUCGCAUCCGUCGCUGGCGCAGCACUCAUUGGCGUUACGGGCGGCCUCGCAGCCCCACUCCUAGCAGCUGGUGUCGGUAGCGUAAUGGGUGGCCUGGGCCUUGGAGCUACAGCCGCAGCAGGUUAUCUCGGGACAUUGGCCGGAUCCAGCGUCCUUGUUGGAGGGUUGUUUGGUGCAUAUGGAGCGAAGAUGACCGGUCGAGCCAUGGACGACUACGCACGCCAAGUUGAGGAUUUCGCCUUCCUACCCAUACACCACUCACAGGACCCUGAAAAACAAGACAACGGUGCGCGCCGCCUCCGCGUCGCUAUUGCUAUCUCGGGCUGGCUGCGCGAACCAGAUGAGGUUGUGGCGCCGUGGCGUUACAUAGGUACUAGCACAGAAGGCUUCGCGCUGCGCUGGGAACUUGAUGCGCUUCUCAACCUCGGACAUAGUCUCGAGACAUUUGUCAUGAGUAAGGCUUGGGGAUACGCGAAGGCGAAGAUCAUCGAGCAGACAAUAUUCGCUGCGCUGAUGGCGGGCUUGUGGCCCCUCAGCCUCCUGAAGAUGGCGUCGCUACUCGACAACCCGUAUUCGCUCGCGAAGUACCGUGCUGAGAAGGCGGGCGAGGUUCUUGCUGAUGCACUGAUUAACAAGGUGCAAGGUGAACGACCGGUUACGCUUGUGGGAUAUUCGCUGGGUGCGAGACUCAUCUUUACCUGCCUCCAUAAGCUCGCAGAACGCAAAGCGUUUGGCCUUGUCGAGAACGUUGUCCUACUGGGUGCAGCAUGUCCGUCUGAUGCCGCAGACUGGCGGUCCAUUCGCGCGGUAGUGAGCGGCCGCGUUGUCAACGUGUUCUCAAAACAAGACUACAUCCUCGGCUUCCUUUAUCGUACAUCUUCCAUCCAGCUCGGCGUCGCUGGCCUGCAGCCCGUCCUGGGCGUGCAUGGCGUGCAAAACGUCGAUGUCAGCGAGUUGGUCGACGGCCACCUACAAUACCGAUUCAUCACCGGCUCGAUUCUGCGCAAGAUCGGCUUCGAGGAUGUAGAUGUGCACGAAGUCGAGCGUGCGGAGUCUGAGAUGGCAGCCCAGAAAGCAAAGGAGGAGAAGGAGAAGAACCAGAGGGAUGGUGAGCCUGUGACAGAAGAAGAUGCUGAAGAGGAGAAGAAGCGGUUGGAGACGGAGGUCAAGAAGAAGAACGAACAGAGUUAUCUGCAGAUUAUGCAACAGAAGACGAAGAAUAUUGAUAUCGGCGGCUUCUUGAGUGGCAAGGGAGGGAAGGCUGAGCCGGAGAAGGUAGAACACAAAGCGGGCCCAAAGACGGAUUAA